AUGGAUGCCACUUUCAAUUACUACAGCGGCGGCAGCAGCAGCAAUUUGAGCUCACCCACAUCUCCUCGCGCUACUCAUUCCACUCGCCGCCGACUUCGCUCUCAUCAGCAUCGACGGCGUGACUAUUUUUUAAACCGAAAGUUUUUCCGGCGAAAGUAUUUUCGCUACUUGCUUCUACUCCCUUUAUUGUACUUCUCCGGUGUGCUUUCCUGCUUGGGUUCCUUGUCUGCAAUGCUAUAUCCUAGUCCUUUGCCUGGCUCCGUUUACCGCAGCCAUGAGAUCUUCCAGAGUCUCCUCACUGACAUUCAGUCUGACACUUCUUUGGGAAUUCAGUUGUCCGAGGUAUGGAGAUAUAAAAGCAUGUUGAAAGAGCAGAAGCCUUGCCUCAAACCAACUUCUCGUCAACAACUUGAGAGUGGCAUAGCUGAUCAAUACUUGAUUGUCGAGGCUAAUGGUGGUCUAAAUCAACAACGUGCAUCGAUAUGUAAUGCAGUGGCAGUGGCAGGUCUUCUGAAUGCAACACUACUCAUUCCUCGUUUUAAUUUUCAUAAAGUUUGGAGGGACGCCAGUGAGUUUGGGGACAUAUAUGAUGAAGAACAUUUCAUAGCCACCCUUAAGCGUUAUGUUGAUGUAGUGCGUGAGAUCCCCAAGGAACUGAUGGAGGAAUAUGAUUUCAAUAUAAGUAAUAUACCAAGCUUUCGAGUCCCAGCUUGGGCUUCUGCCGGUUACUACUUGAAAGAAGUUUAUCCUGUCCUCAAAGAGCAAAGAAUUGUACGGGUUGCUCCUUUUGCAAAUAGAUUGGCUUCAAGUCUCCCUCCUCAUAUUCAAUAUCUUAGAUGCCUUGCUAAUUAUGAAGCAUUGAGAUUCUCUAUCUCCAUCACAACACUUGCUAACACAUUAGUCAAAAGAAUGACUGCGGAUAGUUCAGGUUCAGGCGGGAAAUAUGUUUCUGUCCAUCUUCGGUUUGAGGAGGACAUGGUUGCCUUUUCAUGCUGUGUUUAUGAUGGAGGAAAAUCUGAACAACUUGAAAUGGAUUCAAUACGUCAAAAGGGUUGGGGGGAGAAGUUUAAACGUAAAGAUUAUGUCAUCGCACCCGGUCGUAAUCGAAUGAACGGGAGGUGCCCAAUGACGCCUUUGGAGGUAGGGAUGAUGCUAAGGGGUAUGGGAUUUGCAAACACAACUCCAAUCUACCUGGCAUCAGGAAAAAUAUAUCAGGCUGGCAAAAACUUAGCUCCUUUGAGGAAACUGUUCCCCCUUCUACACACGAAGGAGUUGCUUGCUACUCCGAAUGAGCUUGCAUCACUGAAGGGCUAUUCUUCGAGGUUGGCUGCUCUGGACUAUAUUGUCUGCUUCUUCAGUGAAGUUUUUGUAACCACACAGGGUGGAAAUUUCCCACAAUUUCUGAUGGGUCACCGGAAAUUUCAUUAUGGACAUGCAAAGACCAUCAUUCCAGAUAAGCGCAAGCUUGCUGUUUUGCUGCAUAAUACAAGCAUAAGUUGGCAUGCCUUGAAGAACGAGAUGCAAGUAAUGCUAGACGAAAGCGACCACAAGGGCGUGGCUAUACCUACAAUUAAGAAAACGAAAAGAAAGAAUUCUAUAUUUGCAAACCCUUUGCCACAAUGUCAGUGUCUUCAGGAAUCAAAAUUCUCCUAAGAGGAAUGAUAUUGUUCUUCUCACACAUGCAAUCCUGUGUGGGGAUAUAUCUGGUUCGUUUGUUUUACAUAUGCGAUUCCACGAUCUCCUCUACAUUUUAGGUAACUUAGUUAUUUCUUCCCUAGGUAACUUCCAAUUAAUUGUUGUAUAUGUGAUAGAAAGGUUCCAACCGUUGUCCAUGAUAUGAUUGUUAGAACUAUACGUCUUCAAACACGAAGGCCAGUUUUGUGGAACCACAUAAUAGAUCACAUACGCCAUCGAUGAACCAUAUGUGGUUCAUUGUUGUAUGUGGUGAUGAGUUUUGCUUAUGUUCUUUUUUUCUUUUAAAGAGUUGCUGAUAGAUUUCUCAACUCUCCUCUAUGUUUAGGAUAUGUAUGUGAUUUUACAAGUUAAUAUGUAUUUAUUAUCUCCCAGUCCCUUUCUUUUUUAUGUAACUUAACACGAGUCUUGAUGCAAAG